ACGAGACGCGAGGCUCCGUGCGAGGUCGCUCCACGCCGCCGUCGUCACCACCGCCACUACCGCCGCCACCGCCCAGCCGGGCUGUCAAAGGCAGCCACGACGCUGGUCUUCCGCCUCUCCGCCUCUCCUCCUCUCCUCCUCCUCCGCUCCGAACUCAACUCGGCCGUUGAUUUUGUGUGUGUGUGUGGUUUGCGUUGUAAUUCACGCGGCCGGUAGCGAUGCGGCACCUCGGCAAGCUGUGGCGGAGCGCCACGGGGCUGCUGCUUCUUCAGCCGCCGGCGAGCGGAGGAGUCCAAGCGACGGCCUCUGUCCGGUGCAAGACGCAGUCUGCCUCGUUCGGGCUGCUCUUCGACAUCGACGGCGUCCUCGUGCGAGGCCGCACGCCGAUCCCCGCGGCUCGCGACGCCUUCCGCAAGCUGCUGGACGCGAGCGGUGCGCUGCGCGUUCCCGUCGUGUUCGUCACCAACGCCGGCAACUGCCUGCGGCAGGCGAAGGCGGCGCAGCUCUCGGAAGUGCUGGGAGUGCCGAUCUCCCAGGAGCAGGUGAUGCUGUCGCACAGCCCCUUGCGAAUGUUUGAGCAGUACCACCACAAGCACGUGCUCGUGUCCGGCCAGGGGCCCGUGGAAGACAUCGCCAAGAACCUGGGCUUUACGCAGAUCGUCACCAUCGACAUGCUGCGCGAAGCCUUCCCCCUUCUUGAUAUGGUGGACCAGAGCCGUAGGCCCAAGGAGCUGCCAACAACAACGCCUGAUUUCCCAAAGAUUGAUGCGAUCAUCCUGUUUGGGGAGCCAAUCCGGUGGGAGACGAACCUCCAGCUGGUGAUGGACGUGCUGCUGACGGACGGGCGUCCCGGCACGGGCGCCCGCGCCGUGCCCCACCCCCAUCUCCCGCUGCUCGCGUGCAACAUGGACCUCAUGUGGAUGGCCGAGGCCAAGAUGCCACGGUUCGGCCACGGCACGUUCAUGGUGUGCCUGGAGAGCAUCUACAAGAAGGUGACGGGCAGGGAGCUCAAGUACGAGGCCCUGAUCGGCAAGCCGAGCGAGGUGACGUACCAGUACGCCGAGUACCUGGUGCGCACGCAGGCGCGCGAGAUGGGAUGGCAGCAUCCGGUGGAGACCCUCUACGCCAUCGGCGAUAACCCCAUGGCGGACAUCUACGGGGCCAACCUCUACAGCCGCCACCUGCAGCGGAGCCUGCGGGAGGAGCGCGGCGACCGGCAGGCGGUAUCGGCGCGAGUGCAGGCCCGGGCUGCCGGAGGGCUGGCCGUGGCGCGCCCAGCACGUCCCGGCAGUGGCGGCGGCGGCCGGGACGUCGAUGACGACGGCACGGCGAGGACGACGAGAGGGCACGCGAUGCACGGAGCCGGGGAGCUCGUCGGAGCCACAGCCUUGGCGUGCCGCUCCAUUCUCGUGUGCACGGGCGUGUACAGCCCCCACGCGCAGGUGCCGGAGGACCCGGCGGAGGCGGUGAAGGAGACUGUGUUCCACGGCCACCGUGACUUCCGCUUUGACCCGGAGCUCGUGGAGCCCACCUACACCGUGGAGGACGUCGACGCCGCCGUCGACCUCGUGUUCCGCGAGGAGAAUUUCACCCUCGCUUGAUCGAGCCACGCUGCACCCCCCCCCCCCAAUGUGCUGCCCCCAAUGCUGCCCCCACGCUGCCCCCUUACGCUUCCCCCCCACGCUGCCCCCUCACACGAACCUCAAGCUCCCCACACGCUGCCCUAACCAUGUUCUCAACAUUGCCCACACGCUGACCUCAUGCUGCCCCCCACGCUGACCGCACGCCGCUCGCAUGCUGCCCUCGCGCAGCUCCACACUGCCGUGGGCGACUUGGAUGAUCCGAUGGCAGCAUCCGGUUCCAUCUCCACCCAGUCGCCCCCCUACUGGCAUACCGACGCUCGGGCGCAGGCCGGGGCUGCGUUCACCCUCACGCCGCACAAAGACAGCUGCCACUGGAGAUGUCCCCCCCGGGGGCCCCCCUGGGCGAGACGGCGGUCUCUGCAGCGGGGGCGUUGGAACGGUCGAGAUGACGUCACGCGCCGAGGCCUUUAGCCUGAGCGUCGCCAAAGAAACGCAAACCCUUGUCCGAGGUUGACGGAGGGAGGGAGCGAGCGAGCAAUUCCGGCGCGGCAGGCGCUCGCUCGUUCUUGUCGCAACGAGAGCCGCUGUGAUCCUCGCCGAAUACCGGAGAGCACCCCCCCCCCCUCUCCCACAGGGUCGCCUGGGUCGUAGCGGCACGCUGCGCCCGUAUCGCGUCAUCUCCCCGCGUAAGCGACGAAACGUUGCGAGUCCCGGGGUUUCGUUGGAAGAAGAAGCUUGAAACAAACGUGGACCCCCCCCCCCCGUGUGGUGAUGAUGUCCCGAAGGCUCGGACAAGCGAGAAGGGCCGAAGAGGUUCCGUCUCCUUGAUGUUGUUCAUCGUUCUUCCGCGCUUGUAGCGUUCAGCGUCGCCGCAGCUGAGAGCGGCGACGUAGCACGGUUGGCAUGGGCCCCCCUCCCCCCCCGUGCAAGAAAUUAAAUGUUGGGGGGGGGGGGUUCCGUUGCCCAAAUUUCCCCAACCGCGCCCCCCUCUAGCGUAACCCCCCCCCCUCCUCCGGCCCGUGAACCCCAGAGUGCGGUUGCACCGCAUGCACGCUCGUCGCUUGCUAGCGCUACUGGGCGCUAGCUGGCCCUACCUAGCGCUAGGUAGCCCUACCUAGCGUUCUAAACUACUCGGUAGCGUUAGGUAGGGCUCCCGGGCGGGCGGGAGGGGAGGAGGGGGUACGUGAGAGCUGUUCCCACGUGGAGCCCAGCGUGUCGCGGAGUCACGGUUUCGUCGUCUCUCGUGUUACGAUGUUAAUUUAUGCGCAUGCGUCACGCGUGCACGUGUACAUACAUACGUGUCUAUCUGUCUGCUGCUAGAUGAGCUGUAUAUUUCCGCAUGCGCAUCAACCGCACACCCCACCGCCACCCCAAGUCGUCAGCGGAGAAUGUCGCAUGUCGCGCAAAACGCACGCGUUGUCUUUGCGGUUCGGGUCCCGUGCCUCGCGCUUCUCUCCGCCCGUCCGUCCGUUCGUUUGGGGACUCGGCACGGCGACGGUGCUGCCAAAGCGCCGUGCCUCGUCGCACCACCAACGUGAGGUCCGGCACCUUCUUGGCUCUGCUACGUCAACGUCCGUUGACAAACUCAGCAUGUUGAGUUUGCUGCAUGUGCGUGUGUGCGCGUGGGCAUGUGGAUGACGUAGCGGUCAGCGCGCUGCGCUAGAAACCCGCCGGCUCGAGUUCGACUCCCGCUCACGGCCACCAACACCAGUGACGAUUAUCUGUAGCUGUUCUGGACCUCCCUUGGGUCGACUCGGCCUCAAAUGAGUACCUGGUGCGGUGUGUAAACAUCGCCACUGGGGAGACAAAGGCGGCCGGGCGUAGUCGUGGCCAACCCCCACCCCAUCGCACGGUGUCGGCCUUCCUGGGUGCUCGCUCACAGCACUUGCCCCAACGGGGGGGGGGGGGGGGGUUAAUCUUUGUGCGUAAGUCGAAGUGAGUCGAUUAUUUUCUCGUGCGUUUCGUGUGUGUGAGAUGGGGAGUCGAGGGCGCGCCUUGUACGUUUUUUUGUGUUUGUUUUACGUUUCUCGUGCUGUAUGUGAAAGUUCGCCUCGCACAUUCGUCGUCUGGUGACGGUGCAGCAGCAACAACAACAACUAUAAUGAACCACUGACUUGAGGAUGUGUAUCUCUCUCGCUCUCUGUCUCUCCCGUGCGCGCCGCCGUGGAUGUAGCGUCCUCUGCGUUCCUCGUUAUUUAUAGACGCGCGUGAUCUGUGUUCGGCUCGGGUGUUUUAUAUCGUUUUAACCGCACGAAGCAAUACGGGAAACUCGCACUCCCUUGCGGAUGUACUCGCAUCAAGCCUGACGAAUUAAAAUCCUCGCAUCCGAACCGA